UGCAAAUAAUUAUGUUUCCCAAUUCAUUUUUCUUUAAUGGAAAUAAUGAAUCAAUAUUUUAUGAUUUUGAAGAGAAUUCGGCACCAAUGGUGCUUUCUUCAAUGCCUUUUAUUCCUAACGUAGAAGGGGUUUCCAUGGUUCCCAUGUUCUAUACAGAUUCUACUGCGAUGAAGUUAUCUGACCAAAAUACAAAUGCUAUUGAUUUCCAGUCAAGCUAUCGUUCCUCGUAUAUCAUGAAUUACAAUCAAAAUAGAAUGUAUCCAUACGACGAAGAAGGAAUUUCAUAUUCUUUAUUAUACAAGAAUCCAAAUUUAACUGAACAAUAUUCAAUGCCAACAUUAGAAAGUAAUAGUAAUAUAUCAUUAAAAUCAUCGAUGCCUAACCAAAUUCUACGAAUUCAACAACCGGUUCUUGCAUCACAAUCUUCAACAAGUGCUUAUAGUUCAAAAGAUUUAACUAUUAAACCGAAAAAAUAUAAGUGUGACCAUUGUCAAAAAUUAUUUGUUCGGCCAAGUCAGUUAAAAACUCAUAUUUACACACACACUGGUACAAAGCCAUUCAAAUGCACUUUCGAAGGAUGUGGUCGUUGUUUCUCAGUUGCUAGUAAUCUUCAACGUCAUCAAAAAAUUCACACGAGACCAUCUCUUCCUAAAAAUAGAAAGAAGUAUGCUAAAUAA